AUGACCAGCUCUGACGAUUCAAGGAACAAAUCCCACGAGGACCUGCGCGACCUCCUGGCGACUGUGCCGAAGGCGGAUAAGUUGAUUGUCCUUGAUGACUUCAACGCCCGCGUUAACAUAAACCAUGUAAUCUGGAGAGGAGUACGGGGUCACCACGGUGUCAACGGCUCCAGAGGCAAUGGCUUGCUCCACCUAAGAACCUACGCAGAAUACCGGAUUACCCUUUUCCGCAUACAGACGCGAGAGAAGGCCACCUGGAUGCACCCUCGAUCGCAACGCUGGGACCUGCUGGACUAUGCGCUCGUCCAGCAGCGAGACCAGUAAGACGUGCCAGGACGAUCUCAGGUGUAGACGGGUGGACCGACCAUGCCCUCAUCAUUCCCAAGAUCCGGAUUCACCUACAGCCUUGCAGGCGACCUCAAGGUAAGCGACCCCGAGGAAAUGUGAUUAUUGUUUUAUUGUCUUUGCCAGCUCACCAUCUCCAUUACAGCAGUGAACUAACUCAAAGGAUGGCCAAUAUUGUAGUCGCCGGAGCGGUCGCCGAGAGUGCCUCCGUGGAGAACCGAUGGUGUCAACUGCGGGACACAGUACAGUCCACGGUCCUGUCUGUCCUCGGUCACGCACGACGCCAACACCAGGACUGGUUCGACGACGCCGCCAUCAGCAACCUGCUCGCCGAGACGGACCGCCUACGCAAAGCCUGCGUCACCCGCCCCACAGACGACAACAAACCAUAG